AUGUCGUCUACCACGGUGCCUCUGCCACAGACGUUCUCUGUCCAGUACCUGGGCUGUCAGCUCACCGACCACAUGUGGGGGAUUCGUCACACACGCGGCCCCGUCGACUCUGCAGUGGCUGCGGCGCGUGCGGCAGGCCGCCUGCCGCCCCUAAGACUCAUGGUGUCAGCAGGAGGCAUCAGUCUUGCAGGCGACAGCAGCGGCGGGGGGAAGACGGCGACGCCUCCAGCCUCCAGCCCUGGCCGGUUCCCCAUCGAGCGAAUCUCGUACGGCGUUCAGGACAUGGUCCACCGCACCCUGUUCGCCACGAUCGUGGUGCCGGAGCGCGCGGCACGUGGUCCGUUCGUGUGCCACGUGUUCGCCUGUCAGAGCCGUGAUGAGGCUCGUCGCCUCACGUGCGCACUGGCGGCGGCGUUUGCGGCGUACAGCGAACGAGAGCCGGCCGGGAAGACGACCCGGUUUGCCGUGGAUCUGCGCACUCCUGAACAGAUUGAAGCCGAAAUGGGAGGAAGAAGGAUGGAACUGGAGUCCGAGGCCUGA